AUGUCUUUUACAACACCAAUUUAUCCAGGUAUUAACCUCGAAGCCAAUGAAGGACCUCUAUUGAAGGCGGUAUCAAUUGCUUUCAUCGCCUUGACUGUGUGUACUGUUGCUAUCCGCUUUUUUUCCCGCUGGUAUACCAAAAUUCCCCUGGGCUUGGAUGAAUUGUUUAUUCUCAUUGCAGCAGUCCAGCUCCUCUCAAUCGUCUAUACAGCAGUUAUAAUUGUUGAAGUCAAUAAUAACUUCUACGGACAACACGUUCACAAAUCAGAUCCGGAACAUCUUGAAGCUUAUCUGAAAGGACUAUAUGCUUUGGCUCUUCUCUAUCCCAUAGCUCUUAGCACGAGCAAGUUGUCUCUGUUAGCGCUUUACUGGAGAGUAUUCGCUGUCACUGGUGGGAAAGUACCAAUUAUUUUCGCCAGUGCAAUCAAUGGGGCGUGGGGUGUUGCUGCUCUCGUUGUGGGAAUUUUCUCAUGUCGUCCCGUAGAAGCUUUUUGGAACACUACAAUUACCGCAAAAUGCAUCGAUUACCCUGUCUUCUUUACUUCCAAUGAAGCGUUUACAAUUGCUUUUGAUAUUGUGGUUCUAUCCAUCCCAGUUUGGUUCAUUGCGCAAAUCAAGAGAAGUGUAGGGGAGCGGAUUACUAUUAGCAGCACUUUUUUGUUAGGGCUUGUGGUAACGGUAGUUUCGGCAAUUCGACUAUGGCGGCUGGUUGUUGCACAAAGAUUGCCGGGCUUUGAUCCUACUUUCAACGACGUAGACGCCGGUCUAUGGGCAAUAAUCGAACUCAACCUCUGGAUUCUCGUCGCCUCGAUCCCGACUUUCCGCCCCUUGCUCGGCCAAAUGCGGCGCGAUUACUUUGAGAAUCGAAGCGAUAGUGAAGAAUCCCCUGAAUACCCUCUCAGUAGAACAAGAACUACCGGUACUUUGUUUCCUAGACAACAGCGAGACAUGAAUUUAGACACAGAGCCCGUAUUUGGAUUCGACGGCGCGAAGAGAAACUCGGGAACCCCAUCGGAGAUCGAGCGACAUGGAAGAAAUGGUAGUUCGGGGACGGGGCUUAGUGGGGAUAGUGGAUUUGGAGAGAGCUUGGGCGUGAGAGUCGUAGAUCCGGACUUGGAAUCGCAGAUAGAGACGGAGAUUGAGGGGUGGAGAAAUGCUUAUGGAUAUGCGUCUCAGAAGGGUGGGGUGGGGGUGGGAGAUAAACAGAGGGGGAGUAAUGGGAUGAAGGAUUUGGCGGGGAUAAAUGUGCAGAAAGAAAGAGAUGUUAGGAGGGAUGCGGAGGAUUGA